AAGCAAUUGAGUCGAACUCGCACAGAGUAUUAAUCAAAAUCGAGCUCGAGUAGCUUGAUAUUUCAUUAUUUGUCUGUAAUCAAGCUCACGCGGAUCAACACUACAUUGUUUUUUCGAUACUAGACUGUCAACAUCAUCGGCACACAUCGAUAAUUGUACCUGCCCAUAACUGCCUUCAUCGAUUAGCCUAUCCCCAAUUUCAUUUUUCCCUAAUUUCAUUCCGCAGUUUCGAAUUUUCCUGCAUACUCUACCUCUGGAUAAUCCAUCCAUGGCUGGAAAAUCGGAUUUAGAUCCUCAACUCAUCAUUUCUCACGAGUUCCCCGAGUCGGCGUUUACUUAUACUGAAAGAGAUGCUGCGCUAUACGCCCUUGGUAUCGGAGCUUGUUCGACAGACGCCGUUGAUAGUAAGGAUCUGAAAUAUGUAUACCAUCAAGACGGACAGCAAUCUAUUGAGGUCUUGCCCACAUUCGCUGCUUUAUUUCCCGUGGGAAUUCAGUCGCGGAUUGCACAGUUACCCGGAUUGAAAUUUGAUCAACGCCUUCUAUUGCAUGCACAACAAUACAUCGAGAUCUACAAACCUCUUCCCUCUAGUGGCUCCAUAGUAAACAAGGCAACUGUUGCUGGGUUGCAUGAUAAAGUUAAGGCAGCAGUUGUUGAGAUUGAAGUUUUAAGUUAUGAAAAAGAGUCUGGUGUAUUGCUGUGCAUGAACCGGGUGUCUGUGUUUUUGAGGGGUGCUGGUGGUUUUUCGAAAUCAUCAGACCCUUACUCUUACACCAAGUAUUCAUCCAAUCAGACAUCGGCAUUCAAGAUUCCCAAAAGUCAACCAUUUGCUGUAUUUGAAGAAUGCACUCAACCAUCACAGGCGCUGCUUUACAGGCUCUCUGGUGAUUACAACCCAUUGCACUCAGAUCCUAUGGUUGCAGAAGUUGCUGGAUUUUCUCGGCCAAUAUUGCAUGGACUUUGCACCCUUGGCUUUGCAGUUAGAGCCAUCAUCAAAACCAUCUGUCGAGGAGAACAAAACAUGAUCAAGAACAUAUCUGGAAAAUUUCUACUGCAUGUCUAUCCGGGCGAAACCAUAAUAACAGAAAUGUGGCUCGAUGGCUUGAAAGUCGUGUAUCAGGCGAAGGUCAAAGAACGAAACAGGGCUGUGCUUUCCGGCAUUGUAACUCUCAACCGCUUAAGCUCGUCUCUAUAAUGUCAAAAUAGCCUUAUCUCAUGUAUUCCGAGAGAAAAUUAAUAAAGUUGCAUCUUUCUUUUCUUUGAAUACAAGUACAACUGAAUUAUUGUAAAAUUAUCCGACAGUUAGUAUUAUUUUCAAGUUCGUUGUAUCAAUAAUAUAUCCCUUCGAU